AUGCCGCCGCAGGUGAGAACGUUGCCUCCCCAUCCACAGGGUCAACCGAAGAAUCCAACUGUUGAGAACUCCGAUUCCGACUCCGAGUACGAAUCCGAUACGGAUUCCGACUCUGUCCCGCCGCCGAAGAGCUCUGGGGUUCUUCACAACGUGAAGCCAAUCGCUUCCAAGCCCCAGCCUAAAGCUCAAGUGCGUACGGCGGCUCCUGGCUCUUCCUCAAAAUCUUCGCCGGCGACAAAGAGGGCGAGUGAAACUGAAAGGGAAGCAAAGGACUCCAAGAGGCAGAAAAAGGUGGUGGAAGGCGACGCAGAAGGCGACGGUAAGAACGAAUAUACGCCAAGAGUGCUCUUCCAGCGGCUAUGGGGUGAGAACGACGAGAUAGCAUUGUUGAAUGGGCUGAUCGAGUUUGCUGAGAAGAAAGGAGCUGAUCCCUUGAAGGACUUGGCGGUUUUUUAUGAUUUCAUCAAGCAGUCUGUUGCUGUGGAUGUGUCGCUGUCUCAAUUGAAGGAGAAAGUUAUCAGAUUGAGGAAGAAAUUCAAGAAUCACGCCAAAGGGAAGAAUGGUUUGGACAAGAGCUUUAGCAAAGCUCAUGACCAGAAAACUUUUGACCUGUCGAAAAUGAUCUGGGACAGCCAGGGAGAAUCUCUUCUAGGUCGAGUUGCUAUCGGUAAGUCAAGCGGAAAAGCGAAGAAGAGCAGUGGUGCUAACGGUGCAGGUAGCAGUAAAAGUGCAUCUAAGGAUGCUGAUUUGGGUGCAGCGAAUGGACAUGAAAAUGCAACUCGUGCUGCUUUGGGAUCAGGGAACGAAGGAGGGGAAACGAUGGAAAUCGGUGGGGUCAAUGAUCGGAAAGAUGGGUUAAUCUUUGAUUGGAGCCCAGCUGGUGCAGAAGUUGAGGCCUUUGUGGUGAACAAGGGAAUGGACAUGGUGGAUGGAUCGAAAAGAAACGAGCUUGCUAGAAGAUGGAAGGAGCUCGAUAUCGAAGCUUUGGAGCACUUUGUUAAGAGGAAACAAUUGAUCAUUGAUCAGGCUCAGUUGAUCCUGGACAGUAGCAGCAGCUAG